AGAUCCUGCAGUAGCAGUAUUUCUUAUCUAAUCAAAGUUCAUGUGUGUUCACUAAUCCCUAGUUUUUUUGCAUUCCAGUCAAGCUCGGUGCAGCUCAGUUUACACACCCCAGCUUUGAGUUCCACCCAUUUAUACCCAGUGUUUCCCGGGUUCCUUACCCUUUGUAUAUCCUGUAAUCCCAGCCUUGCUUUCACAGAGCUGCCUAACUGCUGAAUGGCUGUGCCCUGCUCCUGCUGACUCAGGCAUUGCUUUGCUUUUUUCCCUCUUUUUAAACCCUUUUUGUUUUCAAGAGAUUGCUCUUUAAUGGGAAGUUAAAAAGGAAAGCGGGAAAACGAGCCAGCUUAGCUGGAGUUGUUUCUCCCAAAGGUCUCAGGAUGAUCAGGCAGAAGGAGAUAGCUGCAACUUCUUUGCAUGCCCUGGUUUGUGCUGGAAAAGAGAAUAAAUUGAAGCAGCAGAACAGCGAGGUUUAAAAGUGCCUCCUUUUUCACCCCGUGGAGGAGGGAGAUUCCUGGACCCCCAGAGUGGAUUUGGGAGGGUAAUGAGCAGCAUCUGUGCACGGCACUUGUACCAGCAGCUGGCUGUGGCUUUCUCCCAGGACAGUUUUCCUUCAUGGACACCUGCAGCCAGAGAAGAGCGAGGAGUUUUGCUGGGGACGGGAAGAAGGAGGUGGUGUUUCUGCUGACCCCUGGGCUGUUGUGUUUGCAGCUGCUCUCCCACCAGCCUGUCACCUGCUGCAGGCCACCAUGGUCCGGCGUGUGGCCGUGGUGGGGGCCGGGGCUGGGGGCUUGGCCUCUGUCAAGUGCUGCCUGGACGAGGGGCUGGAGCCCACCUGCUUCGAGAGCAGCGAGGACAUCGGCGGCAUCUGGCGCUACACGGACUCCACAGACACCAGGAGGAUCACUGUGUACCGCUCAGUCAUCACUAACACCUCCAAGGAGAUGUCCUGCUUCAGCGACUUCCCCUUCCCUGAGGAUUUUCCCAACUACCUGUCCCACAGCCUGGUCCUGGAAUACCUCAGGAUGUACGCCCGGCACUUCAACCUCCUGCGGCACAUUCGCUUCCAGACAACAGUUCUCAGCGUGAGGAAGCGCCCGGAUUUCAGCGCCUCAGGCCAGUGGGAGGUGGUCACCGAGACCCACGGUGUCCGUGAGUCCCACGUCUUCGACGCUGUCAUGGUUUGCACCGGCCAUUACCAGCAGCCCUACUUGCCCUUGGCUUCUUUCCCAGGCAUUGAAAGUCGCUUCAAAGGCCAGUACCUGCACAGCUGGGAGUACAAAGACGUGCACGCUUUCCGAGGGAAGCGUAUCCUGGUGCUCGGCAUCGGCAACACCGGCGGGGACCUGUCCGUGGAGCUGAGCAGGGUGGCUGCCAAGGUGUUCCUCAGCACCAGGAGCCACACCUGGGUCGUCAGCCGGGUCUCAGACCACGGCUUCCCCUUGGACAUGGUUGGCACCACCCGCUUCAACUCCCUCCUGGACUGGCUUCUCCCAUCAGCCCUCACAAGGAGGAUCAGGUUUCGGAAGUUCAAUUCAUGGUUCAACCACACAAACUAUGGCUUGGCCUCCAGCAAAAGCUCCAAAUUUAAGUUGAUUAUCAAUGAAGAGCUGCCCUUCUGCCUCCUCUCUGGGACCGUGGUGUUGAAGCCAAACGUGAAGGAAUUCACUGAAAGCUCUGCUGUUUUCGAAGACGGCACAACCGAGGGAAACAUUGACGUGGUGCUCUUUGCCACGGGCUACAACUUCUCCUUCCCCUUCCUGGAGGAGUCUGUUCAGGGCACCAUCCACGACAACCGUUCCCUCUACAAGUGCAUCUUCCCUCCCCAGCUGGAGCAGCCCACGCUGGCCAUCAUUGGCUUGAUCCAGCUGACAGGCUCCAUCAUGGUGGGCUCAGAGAUGCAGGCUCGCUGGGUCACAGGGGUCUUUGCAGGCUGGAACAAGCUGCCUCCCCCUAGCAGGAUGAUGGCUGAGGUUUUGAAGAGGAAGCCAGCAGUCAAAAGGAACCCGUCCGAGAGGGAGAACCUGAAGAUGAGUUUCAUUAGCUACGUGGACCAAAUCGCGGCGUGCGCCGGCGUCAAGCCCGGCGUGCUGAGGCUGCUGCUGACAGACCCCCAGCUGGGCCUGGCCAUCUUUUUUGGGCCCUGCUCCCCCUACCAGUACCGGCUGGAGGGCAGGGGCAGCUGGAGCGGAGCCAGAGCUGCCAUCCUGACCCAGUGGCAGCGCGCCCUGCGGCCCCUGAGGACGCGGCGGCUGUGGGACAGCUCCAGCAGCUCCCGGGGAUGGGGCUGGGUGCUCCUCCUGGCUCUGUCAGCAGCUCUCACUGCAGCUUGGCUCUGCAAACACCCCCAGCCAGGCUGGAGGCCCCGGGUGUAGAAGGAAGCCGGAGAAGAAGCGGUGCCAGGUGGCGUGGGCACGGGGCAGAGCUGUGCCAGGUCCUGUCGAGGGCUGGAGCUGGAACCAGCAGGAGCCUGGGGCUGUCUGUGUCUGUCACUGCAGGGCACGAAACAACACGAGCACACACACUGCUGCUCUCAAGGUGAACAAAAGGGGAGUUUAUUUUCUGACUCCAACAUUGAUAGACUUUUAAAAGUGACAGUGGGUUGGAGGGUGACAGUGCCACCUCUCCUGCCACCUCUCCAAAGACGCUGGACAAACCAACAGCCCAUCAAAUUUCUCCUCCUCCAUAAAAGAAUGCAAAACAACGAGUUACUUACAGAAGUACAAGAAUGUAAACAUCAGAAAGCUUAGAAAAUCUUAAAAAAUCAGGGUGACACGUGUCCAGCCACCUUCUGCUGAUCUUCUGUAAGAAAGGCAUUUUGUGCUGUUCUUGUGAGCCAGGGAAGGCUUUCUGAAGAAAAGGAAAGCCCCGUAUCUCUCCUGAGGAAGACACCAAGGCUAUCCCCAUGACAACGUGAUAGAAGAGAGAAAGUUAAAAGAUACAGACUCUGGCUGGCUCACAGAGUGAUGUGGCUCCUUGCUCACCUAUUGACAACUUUGGUUUUUUUCUUAUGACCAAUGGGCAGUGAAUGUGUCUGUUAAGUAAAUGUAAAUAUCUUGAAAAACCAUAAAGGCAGCAUGUUGCUGUAAUAAAUCUCUCUUAUGCACCCUUCUGAUGGAGCCAUGGUGCUUUGCACAGUGUCACACUCUAAAGUGACAAUGUUCCUCCUUACAUUCCACCAAAGGUGACACAGAAGAGUUCACCUGACCCAUUCUGAGCUGCUGAGUAUGAGGCCAGCCUUCCUCCCCCCUGCCCCCUGAAAUUUGGGCAAGACCCACACCUCCUUUUGUGGAACAUGAACUGUCUGAAGAGAGCUGCUUCUGUGUCUGAUAACUUUUGGGGCAUGAAGGAGGGAGCCACAAAUAAACUUCACAGCUCUGCUCUUUGCUGAUGGUUUUAUUACUGGUUUGUUAUCAGGGUGUGUGAGGUGGAUCCUGAGCUGUGGCAGAGAGUCUUGCCCUCGUAUAUGUAUAAUCUAUGCAUUGUCUAUACAGAAAUAUCAACAAAUAAAGUAUAUGAGAAAUGUUA